UACACUGCGCAGAGAAAGGGAGGAAGGUUUCCGAGAAAUCAGUUCUUUAACAGUAAGUUUGUAUGUCAGUCCAAGCAUUUAAAAACCAUCUCCACUCGGCGCCGCGGUCAUAUUCCGAGUAGCAAGCACAGCAGGCUGUGUUGUGGAGGCGGAUAGCCUACUUUAUCAGAACGAGACCAACAUUUUCCUGCCAUAUCAGCAGCCAUGUCUGGUGGUCCCCCCUCCAUGUCGGCACCCGUGUGCCUGAUCGAGAACACCGAUCGCGGGCUGCAGGCGGUGGACUCUUCCCUGAAGCUGCUCCGGGACAUCCAGCAGCCUGUGGUGGUGGUGGCUGUGGUGGGGCUGUACCGCACCGGCAAGUCCUACCUCAUGAACCGCCUGGCCGGACAGCAGUCAGGCUUUGCUCUGGGCAGCACCAUCGAGUCCAAGACCAAAGGAAUCUGGAUGUGGUGUGUCCAACAUCCCUCCAAACCAGGACACACACUGGUGCUGCUGGACACUGAAGGACUGGGGGACGUUGACAAGGGGGACUCCAAGAAUGACGCCUGGAUCUUCUGCCUGGGUGUGCUGCUCAGUAGCACCCUGGUCUACAACAGCAGAGGCACCAUCGACAACCAGGCUCUGGAGAAACUACACUACGUGACGGAGCUGACCGAUCAGAUUCGUGUGAAGUCAGCAGGCGGCGGGCGUGACGAGGACGGAGAAGACAUCUCAGAAGACUGUGAGUUUGUGCGAUUCUUCCCGAGCUUCCUGUGGGCCGUUCGCGACUUCACUCUUGAGAGGAAGAUCGAUGGCCGUGACGUCAGCGAUGACGAAUACCUGGACUUUGCUCUGCAGCUCAAGAAAGGUCUGUCUCCUAAGAUCGUGACCUACAACCUCCCUCGGCAGUGUAUCCGGAACUUCUUCCCGACCCGAAAGUGCUUCACGUUCCCGUUCCCGACCUCAGCCGACAAGAUGAAGUGUCUGGACUCCAUGCCGGAGUCUCAGCUCGAGCCCGACUUCCGCCAAGUGGCCGAUCGCUUCUGCACCUACGUGUUCUCCGAGAGCAGGACCAAGACUGUGCAGGGAGGACACAAAGUCACCGGCAGCCGUCUCAGCCAUCUUGUGAAGAUCUACCUGGACACCAUCAGCAGUGGCGACGUUCCGUGUCUGGAGAACGCUGUGGUUGCCAUGGCGGAGAUCGAGAACCAGUCGGCCAUGACGGAGGGCCUUCGUCAGUAUGAGCUAGGCAUGCAGCAGCUCAAGAACCAGUUCCCCACGGAUCUCGAUACGCUCUCGUCAGAACACCAUCGCCUCUCCACAAUGGCAACGAAAGAGUUCUUGAAGCGCUCCUUCAAGGACGAGGGAGGCAAAUACAUGGCACAGUUGUCGGAAAAGGUGACCCACCUGUAUGAGCAGUUCAUCAGCCAGAACAUGGAGGCCUCGGAGAUGGAAUGCCGGAAGCUUCUGUUGGAGCUGCACUCUGGCAUCGCUGCCAACAUCGAGCGCGGCGUCUAUGCCAAGCCGGGAGGGUAUGAGGUCUACUGCCGCGAGCGAGACACCAUGGUGGCCAAGUACCGGCAACACCGCAAGAAGGGCAUGAAGGGAGAGGAGAUGCUGGACGUGUUCCUGCAGGAGAAGAAUGCUGAGGCCAACUCCAUCCUCAUGGCUGACAAGAACCUCACAGACGCCGAGAAGAAGAAUGCAGAGGCGCGAGAGCAGGCUGCGGUGCAGGAGCAGCGGGCCCGUGCAGAGGAGCAGCGUCGGCAGGAGUUGCAGCAGGCCCUGGAGGACGAGAAGCGGGGCCAGGAGGAGCGCGUGAGGCGCAUGGAGGAGAAGUUCGCCGAGGAGAAGAGGCAGCAGCAGGAGGAACUGCAGCGGGCGCUCAACAGCAAGCUGGAGGAGCAGCGGCAGAUGAUCGAGAAAGGCUUCAAGGACAAGGCGGAGAUGAUGAACCAGGAAAUAAAGCAGCUGAGGACGGAGCAGACGCGCGUGAAGGAGUCCAAGCCUGGCUUCAUCGAGAAGGUCUUCCUGCCCAUCGCUAGUAUCGGCAGGGACAUCCUGUCCACCGUGUUGCAGUACAAGGGCAUGUGCAAGAUGUUUGGCAGGAAGAAGUGAGCAGACGUCUGCCCAGUCCUGUAGGGCCUGAAGAGGAUUCUAGUUUAGAAGGUGUAGUUUGGCUUUUGUUUAGACGGUGCAGUUGGAGAAGAUGAGUUAAGUUUAGAUGGAGUAGUGUGUCUAUAGUUUAGAGACAGUUUAGUUUAAGAAGAUGAGUUUAGAUGGUGUUGCUUGGCUAUAGUUUCGACCAGUGGUUCCCAAACGUUUUCUUCUGUGACCUCAAUUUGGACCUAGCAAUAUU